ACGCAGUCACACACAGUCAGAGCAGAGAGCAGAGCAGUGCAGAGGAGCUCUCAUCCAGAUCGGUGCCAGACGCACGGUCGACUUUUUGUGUUUGCGCGAGUUUUACUACGUUUUUUGUUGAAUUUUCAUGAAUUAAGAAUAGUUAAUACUUCAGUUUUGUGUCAAGUUUGAAGUUUUUUUAAGUUUCUUUGUGACCUUUCACGCCCCUGUGGAAUAUCUUUCGGGAUUAAAGGUGGAUACAUCACGACGCGCAGAAGUCAUCUUAAAAAAGUUCGACCAGGAUUGUUACUUUCCAAAGCAGGAGCGCUCAGCACUUCAAGAAGAAAAAAAAACUUGUCAGCGCGACUUCGUCUGGGGUGUUUUUUGAAUUGAGCCGUCCCAGAGAUGGUGGGGCACCUACACUUACAAGCGAUGGAUGAUAGCCUGAAAGGAAAGAACCGGGAAGGGCUGCUCGACAGUCCGGAUUCGGGAUUACCUCCCAGCCCCAGUCCGCCCUUCUGCUCACUUUCUCCGGGUCUGAUCGAGUCGCGCUCCAGCAGCUGCACGACACCCGUCGAGAGCCAUCAUGGAUAUUAUAAAAAGGAAAGCAGAGAAGGCAAACUGCUGCCCUACCUGCUGCUGAACUCCACAGGAACAGACCCAAAGACUCGCAUGUACCCCGUGUUCUUCGGAGAAAGCAUUGAGGUCAACCCCAAACCCGAGCAGGAAAUCAAGUGCAACUCCGAGGUCAAGUAUGACUCUGACAAGCAUUACCAGGACCGGGUUUACUGCGCCCCCAUUCCCACGGCCACCUCCUUCAGCGAGACAGUGGUGGCAGUGCGGAACUGCACUUGGAGGAGCUACAAGUCCCAGGUUUACCUGGAGCCACGGCAGAGGCCCGUCAGCUACCAGAGUACCACCAUCAUCUACCCAAAACACGCCAAGAACACUUACCGCACCACACUCAACUACAAUGCCACAGGCUCCCGCCGUUGGUUUGUCUCCACAGUGCAGUUGGAGUCAAGUGAAGAUACUAGUCCCUGUAUCAUCUACACAGAGGACCUGUAGAGCCCAGACCGGGCGAUAAUCUUGUUUUUUUUUUUUUGGAGGACGAGGAACUAAGGAUGGCCCAUAUUGAAAGGGAAAUACUUCAACUAAUACCUGGAGCCCCUAAAAAACCCUGCUCUGUUCAUCUUCACUCGUCAUGGAGGAAACCCUUGGAAUCCUUUAGUGACAUUUCACCUGAGUGUAUUUAGACCUUCUACUGAUGCAGUCUUUAAAAAGGGAGUUGGUCCUCUGCACUUCAAUGGUUUAUGUCUUAUUUAAUACAAGAGCUGACAAAUUGGUGGAAUUUGCUGUCCUUAAGGUUGGAUUGCAACCUCAGUGAAGGUUAUGAUCAGAUUGUAGAUGUCUGUGCAUAUAGAGAAAAGUCAAGAUGACACUCGUCGUGGGAGCUUGCGCAAACCCAGUCACACCAAUGCAAAGCUUUCUAAUAUGGCUUUAUUGCACUUGUAUUCUAUAUAUCGCAGUCCUCUCAGUGGACUUGGCAUUGCAGGGGGAGAAUUUCAGUACUGCAUUUGAAAAAUUGGACCAAAGACAGUUUAACUCUUUGUAUUAACUCCACACAAUGAGACAGAAUACUUGCUUUUGUUUCACAGUUUUAAUUAGCACACAUUCAAACAACAGUUUGUCUAUUUUGGUCAGCUGAACUAAACUGCACAUUACAAGGUAUUCUGUUUAUUCAUCAGAACCAGAGUGGUCUCUAGAGAUAAGACUCAAGUCUAAUCAAAAGAAGGAUCACAGCAUUAUAACAAAGGAUUGCCUGGAGAAUAUUUAAAAAAAGGGAGAUAUUUAAAGCCUCUGAAAACUUGGUUUCAAAUAUCAAAAAAGUAUUUCUAUAUAACAUUCAAUAUUCAACCAUGUUUUAUCACUGCAGUUUGUUUUUAAUGCCUGUUAAAUAAACUUAACUCAAUUUGAAUACUUUGGUUAAGAUAAUGUCGGAGUUUAGGGUGUUUUGGUAAACAGGUUCUUGUUUGGUGUCUAAGAGGUGCUGGAGGGCUGCAGAGCAACAAUCAAUGUUAAAGUGUGGGGGGGAAAACAUCCAUAUGCUAGCAGUUUUAUUUAUUAAGAGUUUAACGCGUAAAAACUCAGUCAAUCUGCUUCAUCAAGAUUUCGUGGUUGUAGGACCACAUCAUCCAUAGUAGAAGAUUGAUAUCAUACAUGGCUUUUGAGAAUGGUGGCAAUCAUUCUAUGGUUUACCUUUUUUUCAAUCGGUUUAACAGUUUAUUUUUAACCUGCUUUGGUGCCAGAUGGUGGAAUAACACUGCCAAAAUAUGAGACAGUCAGAGGGAAGUGACACUUUCACAACUCAUGGUAAGGAACUAACUGUACCUACGCAAGAGUCAAACACAAAAAUAAGAACUAUAAGAACUAUAAACUGGAUGGUUUAGUGCUACAAGCAAUCAACGUAUCACUGUUUCAGCUGCCUCUCAAAAUAAGGCUAACACUGUCCUGGAUUGCACCAGCUAUUCAUAAAUGCAUCAUUUAGUCUGUGGAUAAAGUAACUAGUCAUUAUCUUCAUUAAAACUAGUGAUUUACUAAAUCAUAUUGCACCAUUGAAACUUAAGGAAUGGCUUAGCUAGAAGCAUCACAACUUGUAACAUAACUUCCAAAAAAUUACAGCUUAAGGGAGCAAACAAUAUAUUAAACUUAACUGCUAAUCUUUUGUGAAUGUAGGUAAUACUUUUGUUUUUCUUUAUAAGUGCAUACAUGGACAAAUAUGUGAUUGUCAGUGUUAGUAUUCAUUAAGUAGCUGAUUAUGCUAACCUAGCUGACGUUAUUUAUCCUGACAUUUUAAGCGUGACGUUUAGCCAUUUGAAGCAUGUCGUUACCACAGUGAAAAUCAAUUUAAAAUCUUCCCAAGUGUCAGUUAGAUGUUGCAACCAUUACCUAUUUUACUCUUCAAUAUAAACGGGCCAAAUAUUGACAAGCAAACGUUAGCUUUGUCAGUUGGUUCAGUUGGCUAUGUAACAGUUAGACCUGCCUGUUACCGGGCAUACGUAUUUAAUAACAGCCAGUCUCUACAUAAGAACUGGUCUGUUUGAUUCAAUCCCUUUUUAAUAUAGAGAUGUAAAAAUCUCCACUAAGUCAACACUUGUGUAACAACUAGGCUUGAAUUUACGAAUAGCUGGUGCAGCCAAGUUUUUCAAGUUUUUUUAAUAUAUCAACAAAUUGUCAUAUUGGACAGUUUCUGAUCCAAGGUAGUUCAAAAGCAUGAAACUCUCUGUUAUUAUCAACAUGUAAAAAGUCGGGCAGUGAAACCACAUUAUUCCCUGUUGAAGAUGUAAGAUAGAUCUUUAUUGAGCGUUUUCAUGACUUCUUUAUGUGUCUGUUUUAUAUAUAUAUUUAGAUUACUGAACAUGGCAAUAACUUCAGACUUUACCUCAAAUUUUCUUAGGUAUCCAUUUUAUUUCAUUUCAAGUGUGUAUUCCCGAUUUUCAGUUGCAGUCUUGAGCUUGUGAUCUUGUUUUAUUCUGUAGUUUGAAAUACCCUCCGGGUUUGUAUAGAGCAGAAAGGACAUGGGGGGCAUGAAGCUGAGGUGGUGCAUCAGUACUGUAAGAUAGGUACUGGGUUUUAAUGAGGGAACUGUAAGUAGCAAAUACAAAGAGCAAGACAACAGGAGAAAAGUCAGAUCUGCUCUUUCAAAAGAAAAAAUAUAAAUUAGAUGUGGAAAUUGUUCUGGAGAUGACUUUUUAUACAGAACAGUUAAGUUCCUGGUAAAAUGGUGAGAGUUUUGCUAUGUGUUGAUGGUCUGUGAAAUGAUGAGAGA